AUGAGCAUUCAAGAAAACUUAAACAACUUGAUUAAACCACAUGGAGGAAAACUCAUUAAAACAUUAAAAUAUGGAGCAGAAAGAGAAGAAUGUAUUAAAGAAGCAAAAUCACUUCCAAAGAUUGAUAUUUCAUCAAGAGAAUUUGGGGAUCUUGUUAUGAUGGGAAUUGGAGGAUUUUCACCAUUAAAAGGAUUUAUGAAAAAAGAAGAUUGGUUCUCAGUUUGUAAAAACUUCACACUUGCAGAUGGAACUUUUUGGCCAAUUCCAAUUACAAUGUCAGUUUCAGAAGAAGAAGCAAAAAAAUUAAAGAGAGGACAAAAGGUUGCAUUAAAAUAUAAUAAAGAUAUUAAUGAUAUUUCAGGAACUAUUGAAGUUGAUCAAGUUUAUGAAAUGACUAAGAAAGAUAAAG